GCUUGCCGUGACCCGUGCACCGACUGGUUACAACUUGUCUGUGGAGACUGAACAAGCAGCGCUCAGUCGAAACCACAUCCGUACUUUAAGAAGAAAGAGAAGUUGGUGCUUUAAAAGAGACUAUUAACGCCAGUUCACUUCCGUGAUGCUCUGCUAAAUAUAUCAAGUGGACUAGAGCUUAGUGUGUACCCACGAAUUGUCGUCACACAGCGGAUAUUAUUCACCCCUACAAAAGUAGCACGCUUUUGAAAAUUCGAAAUCAAGACAGACGCAACAAAACCAAAGUUGUCGGUGAUGCUCUGUCUGUAACAACAGGUAUCAGAACACGCGAAAUAGCGGCUGGGAACAGCUGUGGAAGUUUCGUGACGUCUUAAAGCGAGCUUAAACACAAGGCAGGUAAUAGUAUCCUUAGAAUCCAAAAAGAAGAACGGUCUUGUCCAUACUGAAGUUUUCUCGACCAUAAACAAAUCAUAUCACUUCUUCUAAACAUAACUUGAAGUGGGGCUGUUCGAUUAUUCAGAUAGGAGCCUUAACAGACAUUUUCAACACAUUCAGCUUUUGUCAGUCUUCUCAUUAUGGUAAAGUGUUGUUUAUUUAACUCUGCAUAUUUUCAAAGUUUGUCUAAAUUUGUCUGGGCGGGGAAAGCACAGCCUUUGGAAGUUUCUGUUUGUCCAUUUGUUGGCAGGUUAACUCUUUUUUGCUUAAUAUUCUCCAGAAUAAUUUUAAAAUUUUUAAAAAACUUUAAGCUGCAGUAAUGUAAAUCACGAUAAUUGAAUCACACUCAGCUUAGAAGUUUCAAUACAAAUAUUCUUGAACUAGGUAAUAACAGGGCUGAUAUAUGAACGACUGUUUCGAAAUACACAGGAAUGUUUUACUUCCGUUCCGAAUCUACUUAAUGUGAAAAGCAACCGCUUAUUGUAAAAUGGAAGCAAAAGUGGUCUUCAUCCUCAUCUUUUCAAUUGUCUCCUCCACCAUCGUCUGUUCCACUGCUACGCCACAGCUUAUCACCUUACCCGAUAUGUACGAAGUUCGAGACGGUGAAGCCUUUGAACUUCACCAUGACUCAGUCAGUGGCCAACGGAAAACAAAAGUUAAUUUGGAAAGGCUUGAAGUGGUCCGAAAUGACUUGAUCUUUGGUUUGCCUUUCGAAAGUUGUAAAGAAGAGAAAAUGGCACGUGUCAAUAAGUAUGCAGCUUCGGAUGGACACAACUCGAGAUUUGAGGAAGUUCACCAGGUAGGUAACGGGGGGGGGGGUACUGCUGGGAAUUCUUGGUGGAGGUGUGCCGACCUGAUCUCAAUUUCAAACAAAAAGAAGUCAUCUUCUACACCCGUUUUCAGACCUGGCCUCUAUGAACUUAAGUCAUUAUUACUUACUUUAGAACGCCAACAAAAUGAUUUCUUAAAUGCAUUUCUAAUUCCUGUAUCACUCUCUCUUUCUUACUUACUCAUUUGGAAUUGAAACGACAAACACGUUUCUACACUCCCUUAACACUUCCGUAGCUCCCUCCAAAAUCAUACCUCAUUCCAGACCAAAACAGGCACAAUCUAUACCCGUUUUCAGAACGUAAUGGCCAAAAAAAAAAAAAAAACCCUUUGGGGAGGCACAUACCUCGAUAUGGCUUUAUAAGAGAGUGCCCCGGCGGGGUAGAAAUAUUACAGUGUUAUAUCAGAGUUACCAAAUCUAUGGUAGACUUUUCACAGUUGCCUAUUUUUCCGUAAGAUGGUCCAGAUCGAGCGCUAUGCGUUACCGACGAGGGUCAAAUCUAGUUGGGGAGCGGAUCAGGCCAUAUCGCUUUAACCACCCCUCCCCCCCCCCCGCCUCGGUACAUAUGAAACCAAGAUGGCCGCACGUAGCGGAAAGCGCUUGAUCCUGACGAUCUUACGAAAAAAUAGGAGACCGUGACCAGUCUAAAUCUGUGGGGCAGUAGGUGGGAACAUUUGGGUGCGUUGCUACGCUAGGGCCUUGAAGCCCCCAGUAACUCUCAGACCGAAAAAAGUUCAAAUUUGCUACACCAUCUGGGACUAAAGAGUUUACAUCUCAUCUCGUACUGGAGGAUUUUAUUGUGGUGAGUUUUUUUCACAUUGCUACAAAAUCUGUUGUAUUUUCAAACGUUUAAACUGAAUUGAAAAACAGGAAAAGAUAUAAAGCAUCUAUCGUGUACAGGAAGUUACACCCUAUUCAAAUGUAAUGACCCCAUCUCAGAAUCGACUGGAAACCAUCAUGAACCAGGAAGGUAGUGCUAAAAAGGAUCUUUAAGUAUUUUGUUUUUUAGCUUCAUCUAUUUGUUAAGAGAGAGUUGUGGUUAAAAAGGGUUAGCAAAGCUGAUCUUUUAAUCUGCACUGUGAUAUUUUUGGGAAAAUUCCAGUCCGUGAGGCAUGCAAUCAGUCUUUCACGAUUCUCUUACAAUCCAGAUCUUUCAUGUUUUGCAAAAGUAAUCAUAACGUAUUGCAGCCCUCAAUUUACAGAAUACGAUCUCGAAGGCUGAGAUGCAUGCUAACCACAGAACAGGUUUUGGCUGAAAAUCGAGAGGGCAAAGUUAACGUUCACAAUACACUCUCAGCUGUGCCCUAUAAAGAAAACAAAUACCGUCAUCCUCUUAAAAAUGUUAAAAAGAAAACGUCCAUUUUCACUAAGCCGUCAAAAUACACUAUACGCACUAAAUUAGGGAAUGGUGAUUAUUUUAGUGUUAAGGGGCAAUUACUGGUGCAACUUUUGUGGGGAGGUCAAUGAUUUUCUGCAGAGAAAGAUUAAGGUGUCCCUGAGAAAUUUAUGAACGCAUGUUAGGAAGUUUUGUCGCACAGAGAUAGUCUAAUUGUUUCCUUUCUCAAUACUCCGAUUUCGUUUCACACAGCAAGCUGGAUUUCACCAUGUUCACCGUCACAGUAUGCCUGUUAGACCUCACUGCGUCUUUGAUGUUGUCGUACCAUUUUAUAACUCUUCACGCAAGGCGCGGAUUCCCGGCGAGUUCUGCAUUCCAGAGCAUGUGACCGGUGGAGCGGCUGUCGGUGAUUAUGAUGGUGACGGACUAGAGGAUAUUUAUUUCACCGUGUCUCAUGACACGAGUGUCUUGUAUAGAAAUAAUGGUAAGCAUUGCGAUUAACCCUAUUCGGACCGGGCUUUCUAGCUUAGUUGGGAGCUAGAGGUGGCUUUGGAGGCCCUUUCAAUGACUUUAAAAUUGGUCAUGAUACAGCCACCAAAUUAACACAGAAUAUUGUACUUAUCAUCUUAAACAUCUAGGUAAAAUUUGAUUGACAGAAUAACGUAAAUUGACAUCAUCAUGAAGUCAUAUCGUUGAAUUUAUUGGCCAAACGUAUAUUUCACUAUUCGACAUUGGUUUCUUAAUCGACUGAUUCGUAUGGUAAUAGGCCAUUUCCGAGUUUCUCUGGGCCUCUGUAUCAAAUUGAGGUUGAGUGGUUAGCCUUUAAAAUGGAAAUGAUUUUUCAUUCUCAUGCAAAUAAAAGUCAUUUUCACAAGGUCGUGCACUUGGCCUCAUUUUGAAAGUGAGGGUUUUUGGAACACGAAAAUAGCCUAUUGGCCAAUACCUUGCGUAUGCGCAUAGUCAAAUCAUCUGGACAGUGGCAGCCAUGCUUGAUAAGUUCAGUGGUCCGUCAUUCUUCCUUGUCUGGACACAUAAGCGUAAUAUGGCCAACGGGCAGGAAGGGAACCAAAGGGUUCAUGUACAUUCCCUUUACCGUCUCUCUCCUCGAUGUUUGAAGGAACUGAAGGGGGCGGCUAAACGUACACAGGCUCUACGUUAUUGAAUAGAUAUGAUUUAGAACCCCUCUGGAUAUCACCUAUUGAGCUGAAUGGGUCAUCCUAUUCGUGCAAAAAAAGUUUUACUUAAAUUCUUACUUACCUUAGUUAAACUAUCCAAAUUUUACUGGCAGAUUUUCUAUUUUAGCCAGCACAGUUUCCUCACGACCUGUUUUCUUUCUCAGGGGAUGGGACCUUCUCCGACGUCACCCAAGACACGGGUAUUGGACCAAGAUCCCUCGCCAAUGGUGCUGUCUGGGCUGACUUUGACCAAGAUGGAGAUUUGGAUCUUUAUGUGACUACGGUUGGUGAUACCAGGCAUUAUCUGUAUAUAAAUUACGGAGGACACUUCAGGGAAGAAGCUAUGAAGAGAAAUUGUUCGAUGCAGACGAGUGACAAAAGGAAACUUUCUGGGAUGACGCCAAAUGUUGGAGAUUUUGAUCGCGACGGAUUUGUUGACAUCUACGUGACGGAAUGGAUUCCCCAAAUUCUAGGAAAGGUAAUUUUUGGUGGAUUGUUAGGUACAUCGAGGCAAGCGCACGCUGAGAAAUGGGCCAUUCCAUUUCGUAUCAUCUCAGUACCUGUUAGGGUAUGAUCUAAGGUUUCGUGAUGUACAACACCUCUUAUCCAGAGGAAUCUUGAGUAUUAAAAUUGUAGUUCAAAUCCGCUUUUCACUAGAAGUCCUCCUUUUCUGAAAUAUCAUGCUCUAAUUCCAUACUGUUGACGCGUCACGACCCAGAUCUGGGUAGCGCCUUCUGAUUGGUUGAAUCAAAUUUCCCACUUCUCAGGCUAUUUCAAGGUAAGAAUUUUUUUAUUUCUCAUUGAAAGUAAUGGAGUUAGAAAUAAGGAAAUAAAACCAGCUUGCUCGAUCCUGUUUAGUUUUGAGCCUCUCAACCUUUAGUUUUUUUUUCUCUGAGUGAGUGCCAAAUGAGUGAAUUUAAUCAAGUUCAGUUUUCAACUGGCACUUACAUUCUCUCGCGUUUCAGCCUUCGACUUCAAGGCUUCUUAGGAACAAAGGGUAUCAAACACCUGGGUAAGUGAAACGUCAAUGAUAGUUUUUUUGAAAAAUAUAUUUAAAAAAACUAGGCUUUAAUUAAACUCGGGAAAGGUCCUUGCGCGGCUUGCAUUGGCAGUAAAGAUGAAGUACCUAGAGCCUUUUGUUCCCUUUCUUGUUCACCGGUUAUAUACUGUGCUCAUGAGUCCAAACAAGGAGGAAGUAGCGCUCCAUGGCUCGCUGCCCAAGUGAUUUAGCCGUGUGGGUGCGCAAAGUGCUCGCCAACUACCACGGAAAUUAUAAAAGCUGAUUAAAUAGGCGAAAGACAUUGCGUACUUGGAUAUUUAAGGUAAACGUUUCUUUGUUAGACGGUUAUGAGAUGUUCUAAAUUGAAACAUUACGGGAUAUUUCCUGGAAGUGUCGUGGAAACUAUCGUUGGUUAGCUAUUUUGAUUUUAACUGUGUUGCGGCUGUUGUUCCGUUCCAUUUCCAUCUAUUGUAUUUAAUACUUUAUCAUUAAGAAACUAGCACAUUACGUCAGUUAAAAUUAAAGUCGCCUUUUACAUACUAAAGCAAGAACUGACGAGAAAACGAAAAUCCUCAACGGAAUGGUUAUUAUAAAUAAUUUAUUACUUUUCAGGUAUUUCGAGGAUGUAACAUCACACACAGGAGUGGAUAUGGACGACUCGUUUACUGGCUUGCCGCUAAACUUAGGAACCUACGCGUUCGGCUCUUCGUUCACUGUAAGUAUGUCGCAGUUUACUUAUGACAAAAAUCUUUUGGACUUAGACAUUUCGCCAGUCUCUGAGAAUAGGCCACCGACAUUCCAUAUUCCUCACACAUAUACUAACUAAUUUCUCUCGUAGCCAAAGAAAACGUAUCCUGAAUUUCAGACAUUCCCUCGAGUCGCAUUGCUCCUCAUGGACCUGAGAGGAGUAUGCUACUCGAAUGGAUGUCUGAAAUUCAGGCUAAAGAAAAAGCUGAUGGCGAUGAUAUUGAGGUGACAGUGAGUUGCAACUAUAUAAGGUACCUAACAGAAGCAUUUUGAUUUCAGGAUUUUGACAAUGAUGGAUGGCAAGAAUUACUAGUAACAGCAGAUUAUGGCAGCAGCAGAAUGUUCUGGAAUACAAAACGUGACAACUUUUCAGAAUGUACAGAAUCCUGCGGCAUCAAGGCCAAACAGGUAAGAAAUCAUAAUAUCAUGAAACAAGCAAGAAAUCCUCUCUUCGUAUUGCCAUAUUUGGUAACUCCUAGUCAUCGAUAAGACAAAUUAACAGAGCUUUAGAUUCUAAGACGAAGACGAGGACGAGGACGAGAUUUUCUCAAUACCAAGUAGUGCGCGUGCAUGAACCUGUGAUAUUUUGGCGGGAAAACGUGAACUGGGGAGUAGACCGAGAAACAAAUCCCGGUAGCGGUAAGAGGUUUUGGCAGCAGUUUAUGCAGGCCUCGAAACCGAGACCCCUAGAAUGGAAGACUACGUACGCGAUGGACCUCUUACACAGUCCUCGUGGAAUUAUUUUUAUUAUCAUUUUUUUAAGAUGGCAAACAAAACGAGUAGAUUGAUCAUGGUAAUAAUGACUAUUUUCUUCGUUUCAGGACGCUAUGGGCCAUGCCAUAGGAGAUUGGGAUAACGAUGGUUAUCUUGACUGGUUUUCUAGCGCCAUUUGGCACAACCGAACUGAAUGCUCCGAGUCCGGCUGCAAGUUUGAUAACAAAGGAAACGUGUUAUUCCGCAACCUGGGCAGCAGGCGAUUUAAAGAUGCCACAGAUCAGGUAACACACGUCAUAAUCGAGCAGACUGUUACUACGGAUGACAAGGGUGGACAUGGAUUGGAAAUUGAAGAUUGGGCCAAAUGUUUCAUGUUUUCAAAGCUCUGCUUGAAAUGAUCACUAGUCACUCUACAGAAGCAUUUCGUGUGUGGGUAUAGUGACCAUUUAAUGACUUGGACACAGGAUUGACUUAAAAUAGCAAUAUCCUCGCGACAUACUAAGGCCCUUUAAUAACUGCCCUCAGAUUUGUUUGUUUUCACAUUUUCGUUUUGUUUGUUUUGUUUUUUUAGGCGGGUGUGGUCAAUGGUGGGUGGGGAUGGGGAGCGGCGUUUGUGGAUUUCGAUAACAACGGAUUCUUGGAUUUCAUCAUGACCAGCGGUAAUUGAUACGAUUAACAACAACAACAACGACAACAAUCUUUAUUUGUACUCACUCUUGCUCAAAAAUAAAUUAUGGCAAUAAAAAUCUUAAAAGUAAAAACUAGAAUACUGCCUUCCUGGAAUAACCAUGGGGGCUAGCGGAGCCAGGCAGCCAGUUGACAUCAGCAUUAAAUAGAAUUAAAUUACAGGUCAGCAAGGAAACUGUAACACAAAUGCACACAUAAAAAGAAAAAGGAAAAAUAAAGGAGAAGAAGGAAAACGCUAUUUCUACUUCAUCAGUCGAUUCACGUAGAGGCUCUAAAGCCGAUUAGCGUAUCUUAGAACGUUAUGCGUUUUGAAAUAAAGGCAUGGAAGUAUUUUUGGCGGAGUCAUUUUUGUAUAGUAAACGGCAGAGACAUUUUGCAUUUUAAUUGCUUCCUUUUUUGUAUAGUUGUAAGUGGUUUCUUGCUACUUGAAUAUUUAAAAAUGAAAAGAGUGCUUAAAACUAAGGUUUGAUUUUAAGUGGUAAAAAUGUAUCGACACCACCAUAUAACUUUCGUAUCUUUCUGUAGCGUUAAUUUUUGACAAAUCUUUCUUUUUAAGGAAUUGAUUUUCCAACAACAACCACGGAUGAUUAUUUCCGAGCAAACACACUUCACUUAUGGAAAAACCUUGGUGCUGGUCAUAACGGAAAAACACAGGAGGUAAUGUACACUUGAUUUUGUUACACGAGUUGAAGGCAAAACUCGCGGAACAUGUUAACUUGUUAAAGGUGAACUUUCCAAGCAUUUUAACUUGAGCACCCCCUCCUAUGGCAGCCCCUCCUCGGCUGUGCGCCUAGAACUACUACCUCUUUUUUACUGAAAACUACCCUUCGAAAAAUUUAUCACCAGUUAUUUUGAAAAAAAUGCAAGACAGCCCCAGGCUUCAGUCAACUCUCAACCUUGAACCAGUCGAUAGGUUAGAGAAACAGCAAUAAAGUUGCCUGAUGAUGGUCUGACAAUAAAGCUAUGCGAACAGAAUUUCCAAGCCAGAAAAUCAUUGUUGCUGUUUCCUGAAUAACUCAAAAUUUCCCUUUUUUAGAGAAUUUAUCAUAAAAUAUCCCUUGUUCCCUAGAAGUGAAUAGUCAUAUUUCUUGUUCCCCAAAAUUCCUGGAAGGCCGUUUUCUUGGCGAACACCGUGUUUAAAGAUUCCCUCUUACCACUCCGUAGCUGACGAUCCAGUGAAAACUAAAUUUCGGGGUCGGAGGCAAACGCAGGAGAAUAAACCACUCACAAUCCUUUUUUCACUAAGUGGUGUAAGAAAGUAACGAAAAUCCGUAAGUAGCCUCCAAUUAAGAGUAUAUACAAAUUUCGUUGUUAUUAUGUAUUCAUGAUCCGAGUGAAUUGAGUUUGCCUUUUUUGUCCUUUUUGUCCUAAAGGUGUCUUCCGUGUACGGAUUAAAUGGGACUGGACAAGGUCGUGGUCUGCUGAAGUGGGACUAUGAUGGUGAGAAAUGAUCAAGGAUUGCCUUCUUACUAUAAAUGUGUUUAUGUUCGGAAUUUGCAUUUAUGGCCGCAGUUUGAUCCUCUAGGGAUUUUACGUCACAUCUCGGUAUUUAAGCCUUGUCGCCUCUCGCGUUAGUCACUCGACAUAGCCGGUUUUACCGCUCGCACCUUGCCGAGCUCAAUUUUUCUAGUAUGCUGUUUACGUUUAGUCUCGUAGUUUACAGUGAUGUAAUUCGUUUUUCUCCGCCACUACUUUAUUUCUUGUACGUUAGCUUUUUCUCGUUCCCCAAUAAACACAACUGGUCGUGUCCUUCCUAUUUCAACGUGUUGUUGCCUUUCUGCUGAUUAGAACUUAAACGUUUUCUCUGCGGCGGAACGCAGUGACAUAGCAGAGAAUUGCAUAAGUUAGACUGAUUUUUUGUUGUUGUUAUUUUGUCUUUAGACGAUGGGGAUGAGGAUAUAAUAGUGUGUAACAACUUUGGAGAGCCAUUUUUUUAUCAGAACCUGCAGAUGGAGCCAAACAAUUGGAUUCGAAUACGUGUGAUGCAUAGGUAAAUGCCAACAGCAUUGAACGUCAAAAUAUAUCUAGAUUCGCAGGACCUCAGGGUAGACGAUCUUAUCGUCUUUUGAAAGAUAAAUGAUGACAGAUUUUUUACGUUGUCUUUAGGUGCUCCGGUAACCAUGAUAAGUUAUGUGACAGUCUUGGAGCUCGGGUACAAGUUAUAUCGGAGAGCAAUCAUACACAGGUGAUCUCAGUAGUCUGGAUUAAUUUCUUCACUCAAAGCAGUCAAAAUACGUAUUUCCGCCAAAGAGAAGGCUUUCUCGCAGGCUAUAUUCCCAGCCUGCCAGUGAACAUCAUAAAUCACCGAAUCCACUACUAGAGAUUUUGUUGACGGGUAGUAAAAUUGCUUUUAUUAUAAACAAAUCAAAAGACCAUUUGAACAUUCAAAUGUCCAUAGGUGUUUAUAUCCCUCAACUCAUUAGAGGAAGGACUCUUUUCACUACCUUAACGACGCGUUCAAAAGCCUGCUGCUUAAGUUAACUUGCGCGCUCGUGGCUUCGGCCGGCCGAAGUCGUGUCGGUCUACACCGAAACAUCCUACCGCACUCGUAGUGUGUGCAUUAUUCUGUGUGACUGUCGGCUUUGUACAAUUUACAGUAGUGUUCCUAAGAGCACAAUCUUGACUUCGACGAGGCAUGGAUUUUGGACUGACAGCCUGCGUGGAUGGUUCACUAGAGGAGUACGGGAGGGUCCUAGAUACUAGUACCCUCUAGCGAUCUAGACCAGACUGAUCAUACAAGUUACAAGUCACCUCCACAAGUUUACUGACGAAACCUUAUGAUAAUUCAAGUUUAAAUUAUGUCUGUUUCUUACAGACUUUACACAAUUAAUUGCAGGAUAACUGUUCAGGAAGUGUAUUUUUUAGCAUUGCCACAGCACGAUUAUAAAAGGAUACACCUUUUUAUAUUAUAGACGCAAGAAAUUGGUUCCAGCACACACUUCUUAGGUCAAAGUUCUUUAGCUGCUCACUUUGGACUAGGGCCAAGCAUGCGCAGUGGUAAUGUCACUGUUAAAGUCAGGUGGCCUUCUAUUCCCAUGGAAGUGACGUAUGUUGACGUGCCUCCAAACACAAGACUACGAGCCAUACUUCCGAGCAGGUAUCCAAUUAUUGAUUAGAUGAAUCCAUUUCAAUUUAUCUUUCAGACGGAAGCGAAACACCAGCUUCUAGCUUGAGCUGUAGUUGGGUCUCAAGAGGAUCUAAAGUUAGAUUUCAUAUCGGUCGGUUAUUUAUUAAACGAAGUCUAACUUAGAACGCGGUUUAAGAAUCUCUGGACCUUCAGAUCUCUUCCUUAGUGGGUUAAUUUAAGAAGCUAAAUUCUUUUGUUGUCUACACUUUACCACCGGGGUUUUCGUAAAACUGUUCACAGAAAAUGGUAUUUAGAUAAAAGCGUUGGGCAAACUGAAAAUGACUUAGAACGCGGUUUUGUUAAACACUGGUUAAUUAAAAGGUUCGCAAUUUUCUGAGAUUAAGCCUUUUCUUUCAUGUAAUACCAUAAAGCGUUUCUUUCAUCAAAAGUUGAGUGAAAGGCGUGAAAUUUGACUAAAAAUGACACUGAUGUUUCACGCAACGCACCUAGAAGUUUUUAAGGGUAGAGCCUACAUGGCGAUUAAAAGUCAGGAACUCUCCUUGCCGAGCAUUCUACCAACUGUUGUUUCACUAAUUUUUGCUUGUAGGAGGGAUCAUUCAGGGAAGACCCUUUCUUAUUCUUCCCUUGACAAGUGUUUUUCCUUAAGACUUACAGGAAUUGUUAAACAGGUAAAUCACCCUUUUGUUUGUCAGUUGGCAGUGAGGUAUAGAUAGAUGGGUGGGCAUGCAGGCAGGCAGGCAGGUAGGUAGGUAGCUAGAAAAGUAGGUAGGUAGCUAGGCAGGUAAGCAGGGUGGCUAAAGAAAGUCAUCUGGGGAUCGACUAAGGUUGGCAGGUUUGAAGACCGGUAGGCAGGUAGAUCGGUGAAAAUUUAUCCUCAAAAUGAGCGAUAUUGCGAGGGUGUUAUAAUAUUGUAAUUUUCACGCCCUGUGUUGAAUUUCAUUUGCACGUGCUGCUAGACUCAUUAUAUAUUCAGUUUCGUUUGUACCUUCGAGGCACUUGAUAGAGAUUAAAAUGUCUGUUCAGUAACCGCUUGAACGUGUGGUUCGCUGUGUUAUUACAGUAUAGACGUUUCACUCUAAGGUUGCCCAAAGUUAACAAAAUAAAAGGCAAAUUCAGCCAAGCCUAACUAUGUUCCACGCGAUUUGUUGCUAUUAUUAUAUCUCAGCCUGCACAUUCAACUGCCACAAUCAAUCCUGACGGCAAGACAGUUCAGUUUCAAUUAAAUCCCGGUGUAAACCCAGCUGAGCUCGGCACUGAGGUCUUCACCUACUCUGUGAGCCUGGAACCUAGUCCAAAUAAUCAGUCAAUGAUAUCGACUGCAAUGUGUCUUGUCACGUUCACGCACUACCGAAACGGAAGUCACGCUUCAAGUGAAUGCAUGGGAGGCAGAAGGUUAGGACCAGCACCCAGCGUCACAGACGAAAGGUAAACUUUAAUGUUACGACAUUUUAAAACUUAAUCUAGGGAGUGUUCCACUGAUGAUUUUCGGAGCAGCGAUCCCGUGGCCAUUGCCAUGGUUUGAGGGCUCUCGAUCCAGUCCAGUGCUCGUGAUUCCAUUGUUUCUGCACUAGUAAAGGUAACAAAGGUCGCCAUAUAUUGUGUCGAUAACUCGUGGCGUACAGUAAUUCAAUUGAUAAACUUGAGAUCGACGGUGCGCUCAUUUUAUCUCCCUCUCUCCACCAGUGCUUUGUUUUAAGUGUUGAUUCAAAGCUACUUGAAGCUGUAUAGAAAGGAGAGAAGUCGAAACCAAGAUAUGAUGUAACUGGGGAUCAAAUUAGAGACCUUCUGCAUACUAGCUGUCUGUGCCAUCCUUGCUGCUACCAAUUAUUACUUUUCUCACCGUACUUAGCUUGCUUUCUGCUUAGCGCUCGGUUAAAUAACGUUAGUUUUGCAGCCCACGCCCUUUCUGAAUAGAUGAAAAAUACCCCGCCACCUUUUUAAGCAAUGCGUUAAAAGACCAAAACUAACUGUGAUUUGCUCACCCAAUCGUUCCUGUGAUUGAGAAGUAAAUUUCUUAUCAGAUAUUACUCCUCUUUGUCGUGGGGUGGAUCUUACCAUCAUCUUAUCCAAUGCAUUUCACUUUUUGCAUGUUAUUUGUAAUCUUUAAACUUCGCUUUUCAACCAAUAUGUGUAAUUUUGAAAUUAAUUGAUAUGUGACGCACCACUUUUGAGAUCGGCGCGGGACAGAUGACAGAAGUUGUGCCUGCGCAAGAGCUAUCCUGAAUUCAACGGUGUCGUGUGAACAAAGCCUUAAACCCCGUUUACAAUGGUGCGGACAAAUUUUUCAACGGACAAAAAUUCGCACGGAUCCUCCUUUUGUUUACACGGUACCCGCGGAACCGUGUAAGUUUAGUGUUAACUGCAAUCUGUAAUAGAAAUGCACAAUUAUUCCGUGAAAACGGGUUGCACAGGGAAAAAACUAGUCCGUUCAAAAUUUUUCCAGUCCCAUUUUAACGGAGUCCUAGUAGUAUAGGGUGCAUCGGUUGCUCCUUUUCUUGGCGAGGAUUACAUUAACGCCGAUGACGUCAUAGCCUUUGUUCUUUAUUUCAUGAAUUAGAUGCGGAGGAAUCUAAGUAAGUUAAGUUCGUGUUAUUUUUUGGUCUUUAAACCCGUUUGACAGGUUUCUAGUUAUUUCUAGGCCAAUGAAUGUUUUGCUUUUUGAUUAGUCAACCAAAAAGUAAGUAAAGUAUUUAUUGUUUGAUUCAUGUUGGUAUUCCCUGUUUUCUUAAGCGCAAAACGUACAUAUUAAUGAGGAAGAGAACAAACUAACCGGCUCUAGCUCACCCUUCCUCCUUGUUUGCUGCCCACAUUUCUAUUGUUUCCCCCCAUGACUACAUAGGCUAUGACGUCAUUGGCGUGAGUGUAUUCCUCCGCAAUUUAUGAUAUUCAUCCGCAAUAAAGGAGCAACCGGUGCACCGUAUACUACUUAUAUCACUGUUGUGCUGUUUAUUGACAGAAAUGUGCUCCUAUCCUUUAAGAUGAUUUUCUUUGUAACAAAAAUAAGAUGGUCUCUUUUUCAUUUGAAAGAAUGCGCAAAACCUGCGGCGACAACCUCGUAGCCGGCAGAGACCUCAAGCUCUUUGAUCAUUGGUACCUACUGCGACCUUACCUAUUCCCAAGAUAUAAAUUCAAGCAAGAAACCCAGACAACAAAUAAACAUUCAGACCUCAUAAGCGUAGGCAUGGAAUGGCUGUGUCGCGUACUGAUUAUGAAUACUUACUUAUUUGUUUGACAGACGUUUGGAUGGAAUCUCCUACAACCAAGAUCACGUGUGGUGGGGCGCUGCGAUGGAGAAUGUAGCACGUGAAUUACCUGCCAUGUACGCUGACGGUAUCGCUAUGCCCGCGGGCACCUGUACUCCUGACCAGCGGCAAACUGGCCAUUGUAGAUUUCUUGACGCGGUGAAUGGAUUUGGGUCUAACAGGCCCUCGCCAAGGAAUAUCAGCAACGAGCUCUUUCGUCAGGUGCAAAGGAAUUGUAAUUUGUUUUUAAUAUGACGGACGUAUAGUGCCUAUAACAUGAUUGAGUAUUUAAGACAAGUUUGCCCUUUAUCCCUUCUCUUGUAAUCCUUUGUACCACUUUAAAGCCUUCACUUAUGCCUUGUGUAUUAUUACAGAUCGAAUCCAAGAUUAGCUCUCGCCGACUCAGUGAUUUACAUUCGCACUUUGGUCAGGUACUAAGUUCCCUAAUUUAUAUAUCCGUCUACAGUUCGCCAGUUUGUUUAUCAUUUGGAUCUGUCGUCUUUUUCGGCUGGGUAACGCUUAGCCUCCCACGCACACGUUUUGAGGGGUUCGUCACGCAUUCCGGGCAAGGAACCCGUGACGAACCUCUAAUAACAUCUGCGUGGGAGGCUAGGUAACGCUAUACUAGAAAGCUCAGCGCAACCGCAACGACAACGGAAAGAUGGGUAGUCUGAAAUUCCAGACGGUCUUCGCUCCCUAACCUGUAGGGGGUACGGGAGAGAGAGACGUCCAUCAGACUACAAUAAUAUGGGGAAAAUAAGCAAAACAAACCCUCCGAACAUGCAGCACACUUUUUGGCAGGUUCUUUUACCGUCAUUGUACGACUAACAUUGUAAAACUCAAUUGAAAUCGCAAUGUACUCGAAAAGUCGCAAUGUCGCGACUUCGAUUUCGUUGGAAAUAACCAUGCUCAGUUACGGGAAGUCAACUUUUUGCGAUCGUCCGGUUUUUCAUAGCGGAAGUCCGUUAUGGCCUAGCCUCAAUUCACCACCAGCUGAAGAAGUCGUAAUUCCAACUUGAAAAGACUUCAAACAAUGACACUAAGUAUCAUUUUUUAAUGUUUUACAGUUCCUGGCUCACGACACAGAUUUUUCCAGUCCGCUUCCUCGAUAUGAAUUUCAAGGCGUCGUAAGCGACGUUUGGCUACCAAUUGAAGUACCGAAGGUAAGACUUGAAUAUUAUGUGUUGCCUCUGUAAGGACCAUAAUAAUCAGCGGAGUAUCCGUUUGUAAUUGAUGUUUAGAGUAUUUACGUAGUAACCCAUUCAGCAGAAGUGAUACCUUUUGCGUAAUUUUCUUUUUAAUGCGACUUACUUAUAAGGCUGCGAACACACAAGUACUUCUGGUCGUCGUUUCUCUCCACCCGAAAAGUGGAGAGAGGUGACGACCGGAAAUACGGCUGUGUUUGCAGGUUGCUUACUUAUGGGGUGAUUUAAUAAUUGGCAAACUUAUGGAGUGUCCCCUUUCUGCUUAGGGGUACCAAUAAAACGGUUUUACAUCCUCAACGCAACUCAGUACUUUUAUUUACUUUAAAGUUUAUAAAAUGACAGAAUCUCAAAAAAUGGUGAAACCUCAAUUAAUAAUUUCGCCUAUGCCUGGAUCGAGACCCUGGGGGAACUGCCCAGACUCUAAUCGUAAAGUGAUCUCGAUACUACACUGCGCAGCAUAUCCGCCAAUGCGAUUUUAUUUGAGCUUACUUUUACUCGAGAAAUGAGUGGUUAUUUAUUCUCAGAUGAGCAGGAUGACUGGUCGUUUUUAAAGAAAGAUUGAGAUUGUUGUCAGGUUAUCGACCACAAAACCAAGUGUCCGAGAAGCGCUUAUGAUGGGCAACUGCAGUAGAAAAUGACUUUUUCUAACGUCUUUCUGUUUCGUUGCAGGGCGAUGUUCAAUUUGAUCCACUAAACAAAGGCAACAUUUACCUUCCUUUUGUGCGUUCCACUUAUAACAGGUCUGGGUACUGAAGUUAACUAUUUUACAUUAGCGCCGUAAAGGAACUGCCAGUUUUUUUCUCUCAAAAUUUGUCAUUUCCCGUUUGCCUUAAGCCUCUGUUUCAAAGCGAGGCUAAGUGAAGAGCUAUUUAUAUGAAAAUUUUUUUUAUUCUCAUGCAAACAAAACUCAUUUUCGCAAGAAGGGUUUUCCAAUAAGCCUCGUUUUGAAACUGAGAAUUUUUGGAACUCGGAAAUGGCCAAUUACGUACUUUUAUCUCGAUCGAUCUAUUUCGGCACGGGGUAAUGCUUGACGUCUGGUCAUGUCUCUAGGCGCCAGAAGGUGAGUACGGCUGUAAAAUCCACCUCCAUCAAAACUGUGUGGCCCGUUGAAAUCAUAAUGUUUCAUAUUAUCCAAGGAUGUCCAAGUCAGGGGGAAAUUAUUUCCGGAGCAAGCGAUUACUUGAGCUGAUUAUAGUUAUAUUCCCACAGUAGGGCAUUACUACGCUCAGUUGAACGCCCCAUUUCAUGUAAAAACCUUAAUUCCCCUGCACAUGUUCCACGCUGAAAUAUUAAUUUACUCUAGUUUAGGAUUUCUAUAUCACUUAUAUAUGGGUAGCUGGAUAAGAGCUGUUCAGAUUAGGCGGUCAACAACUCACAUGCAUACACUGUAUUGACUGAAUUAAUAGCUUAUUCGUCGUAGAUACAUGUACCAUCCCGCGCAAAAACCAAUCACCUACUUUUUUUAUUAGAUGCACGGGCAGAAGUACCGACACCCCAAGGCAACAAGUGAACAAAAUAACUUCGUAUAUCGAUGGUUCUGUCGUGUACGGUGAAUCGGAAGAAAGAAACAGGGCGUUAAGAGAAUUUAAAGAUGGAAAAAUGAAAGUUGGACCAGGUGACCUCAUACCGGUGAGUAACCCAGCAAUUUUUUAAUAGAAAAAAAUUUCACGCUUAUUUUUGUUAUUCGUGAAGAGAAAACAAAGUAUUGCACUAUCCUGACGGGUGUUUGGAUAUUGGGUCUUAAUUACAAGAAAACAUAUAAUAAAUUUUGUGAACUUAAGCUUUGAAUUUUUAUUCUUCAAUAAUUAUUAUUCGAUCACUUGUGAGGAACUGCAUCAAACACCUCAUAUAGUGUUUCAUCCGAUAUACAGAUACCUGGAAACCAUCUCGGCUACGCCCCCUUUUAGCAGCCAUUUCUCGGUGCUUGGAUAUCGGAUGCAACACUGCUUGUUUUGGUCACUGAGGAUGUCGCACUGUAGAGAUUCUAGCCUUCACAUGAGACAGCUCUCACUUAUAUUCUGAAAAGACGAGGGAGAUCAGGGAUGAAAAUGAAAACUGCUUCAUACUCCCUUUUUAAUGUCAGCCAAUGUAGUUCUGUUACGCAGUUUAAGAGGCUUAAUAAUAUAAAUUGAAAAAAAAAAAAAAAAAUUGAAAGAGCAAGGCUAACUAACAGAGUCAUUAACUUAUUUUAUUCUGCUUUUGCCUCCUGUAACAGGACAACACUAUGGCUGUUGCAAAUGAUAAUCCCGUGGGUCGUGAUCCAGACAGUCUGCUGGCUGCUGGAGAUUCUCGCGCGAAUGUUCAGCCAGGAUUGAUUGCGCUUCACACGCUUUUCGUACGCGAACACAACCGUCUCUGUGAUGAAUACAAGCGUAAAUAUCCAAUGGUUAGUUCCAGGCAUCAACUCUGCUACCAGACAAAAAUAGCUUUCCGUUAAUUCUUUUAUCAGGCGAAAGAUCCAAAAAUCCAUGGAUCCCAGCCUUCAGUUAUUUAGUUUAAAAUUCCGCUGGUCAGUCUGUCAGUCCGUCUGUCUGUCAGUUGUGCCAGGCAAACUUCAGACAGUCGAUCAUGUAGCCAGUUGGUCAGUCAGUCAGGCAAUCGGUUAGUCACGCGGACAGUAAGUCAAUCAAUUUUUCAGUCAGCGCAGUAAAGAAACUCGUUAUUUCGGUAACAAGAAGAAAAAGUAGUUGUAAAAGAAUGGUUGGUUUGUAUUAGUCUUUGCUAAACUGGGAUGAUUUUUUUGAAUUUUUAGGCUACCGAUGAACAAUUAUUUCAGGCUGCGCGUCGCCUGGUAGCAGCUGAGCUCCAGGCAAUCACGUUCCGGGAGUACUUGCCGUCGUUGCUGGGUGGCACCAAACACAUUCCUUCUUAUCAGGGGUACAAUAGGAGCGUGGACGCUGGAAUGAGUAACAUCAUGGCUACAGCUGCAUUUAGGUGAGUUACACGUGGUGCAGAUUGUGCGGAACUCCCGAAGACUUUCAGCUAGGCUUUUGUAAAGAGAAGACUGUCUACAUUAUUAAAGCAUUUCUCACCAGCCUGCUUUUGUCAUGCAAAGUUAAGUAAAGAAACAGCACCUACUACUAGGGUACGCAGGACCUCGAAUGAUGAAGGAUCCGGCCAUUUUGAUUUUUAGGAGUCCAAUUUUUCUGUUGCAAUAAGGUGGAAAUGGGUAAAUGUUAACGUAAACGAAUCUGGUCGCUAUCCUCACUAGGUAAAAACAGUGCAAACCUCGAUAUAACUAACCCCCAUACAACGAAGUCAUCGGUAUAAUGAACAAUUUUUCAACCCCAGUGAUAGUAAAAUAUAUGGAAAAGAACCUCGAUAUAACGAAACCUUGUUACAGCGAGCACAUUUUUCCAGUCCUUGGCCUUUCGUUAUAUGGAGGUUCCACAGUAUGUCUUGGGUCUCCCUGUCUUUUUUUCUUCAUAGUAUUUAACCUUCAACCAUUUGGUGUGACAGAGUCCAUUGUUUUCAUUUGUAGUGAAAAUAGGGAAGCAAAAAUCUCGCAAGUAAAGUGAUUUGUCAAACCGUACCGCAAAGAAUUUCGUUGACCUGAUGCGCCUAUGAACUAUGACAACUAUUAAUAACCUAAGGGCCUGUUUACAUGGAAGUGGGGGACCCGAGUUAGGUGAGGUAACGUGCGGCGGGCUACCCCACCUAUCAUACAAACGUGAUCAAAUUAAAAUGAGAGAUUAUGUGGACAGGCGGGUUACCCACCAAAGCGUGUUACCUCACCUACCUGGUGUCCCCCAACUCCAUGUAAACAGGCCUUAAGGUUAUUUGUUGCAUUUUAGAUUUGGUCACAGUCAAGUGAACACUCACUUGUGGAGAUACGAAGAGAAUGGUACGAUAUCUCCCUAUGGACACCUCCCCAUGAGAGAUGCUUACUUUAGCCCUGAAAGAGUGAAGAGGGAGGGCGGUAUAGACCCUCUCUUUAGAGGUGCAGUAAGACAAGCGGCACAGGAAAUUGAUUUGAAGGUAGGCAAGGAGAUCUUUUCAAGGCGAUCGGAUUUUUGUCCCUUCCGUGGGCUCAGUGGGACGGGGGAAGCCAACAACCGACUGAUAUUCUCACAGCAUGUUACGUAAAAUUUUCUUUAGAGCUAACCUUGAAUAUAACUUUAUGGAGGCCAAUUUAGUUUCUUCUUUCUUUCUUUGAAGCAACACGUUUGCUUCAAAGUUUUUUUUUCCAUUAAUUAGUUAAAAGUUUUUGAUUAAGUAAGGCAAUUCUCAUGUCUUAAUUCUCAUGUCUUCACGUUAACCCUGCGAUAAUUUCUCGCCUGAAACAAUGAUAGUGUGAUUAAAACUGUGUAAGUUGCAAGAAAAGGGGCGUUUAUGACAAUAAUGCUCUCUUCUGGGCACUCUCAUUUUCACUAGGCUUAAUUUAUUCUUUUUAUAUAUUUUGCGAUGGGAAUCUUUAGAUGGCAGAUGACAUGAGAAAUGUCUUGUUUCCUUCUGGUCGUGCUCCUGGACUUGGUUUGGAUCUAGCAGCCAUGAAUAUUCAGCGUGGAAGGGAACAUGGCUUGCCAGACUACAACUCCGUGAGAAAGGCUAUUGGGUUAAAAGGUUGGUGAGUCAAUAUAAUGUUCUUACUUGUUGAGUAUUAAUUCAACGAAAAAAAAUCAAACAAUCACUUCAGUUGGCCAGUUAAAGUUGAUGAAACUGCAAAGACGGGAAGAUGUUUUUACGAUAGAUUGAGAAACAUCGGACCUCGGCUGUUUCCGAAGGAACAAAUUAUGUCCGGGCACUAUCAGUUUUGGGGUGAGGUGAAGCUUAUUCCUUGAAAUUGUCUUAGGUACGAGAUUAGUCGCGGUGCAAUGGGACAUGGGAAGGACGAAAAACGUUGACCCUUUGCGUUUUUCAAGCUUUCCCAUGAUCCUUGCGCCGCGACCGCCGUCGAAAAUCUAAAGAUACACUUAGAUACGAGGCAGUCAAGAAAGAUGAAGUCUGACUUUUCGCCACCAUCGUUGGAAAAUAUUCCGAGUCAGGAGCAGAAUUUUUAACUUCAGCCAAACUGAAGCUUCGGGUAAAAGCAUAGUUAGUUUUUAUUAUUAUUAUUAUUAUUAUUAUUAUUAUUAUUAUUAUUUUAAACCUUUUCUUAAGGAAUAAACAGUUUCACAGAUGUUACAAAAAAUGAAGAAGUUGCCUAUAAGAUAAAGGACCUUUAUCAGGACAAGAAUAACAUCGACCUGUGGGUAGGAGGCUUGGCGGAGGACCACGAAGAAGGCAGUGAACUGGGACCCACAUUCAGGACGUGAGUCAAACGUCUUAAUAACUUUAACUAACAAUAUACAACACUAAUAAGAUUACGCAUACUUUACUGGUAAAAACAACGAGAGAGCCUUGCGCUAGAAGGGAUCGAAUCAUCAGAAGGGUGGACUUGUUUUUCCUGCGUCGUUCGGUAUCCCUAUUUUUAAGGUUAAGUGGCUGGCUACUUAGCUAAAUGGCUAAAUGGCUACUUGGAAAGUUGACUUUUAAAUUGUUUAAUAUAUGUUUGUCAAACAGUUUGUCUCUUUUCUUGCAGAAUUGUGAUGCGCAACUUUUUAAGGAUUAGAGACGGAGAUAGGUUCUGGUAUGAACGAUAUUUGUCGAAAGAGGUAAUUGUAACCAGUCUAUAUUUCUUUCCAAGAAAGCUGACAAUUAUUUUAUAGAUCCUAGGCCUCUGAUACUAGAGAGAUUAAGCAUCGCGUUUACGGCAAACGGUGAACGUGAGAUUCAAGUUGAAAAAUUUUCAAAAUGAGGAAUGAGCAGAUAAAAACAGCUUAAAACGAUAAUUAUUAUGGAUAGAAUUGGCGCGAAUCCACCGAUUUUCGUGUAGUUUUAAUGAACAGUAAACGAUAAGUAAAUGGAAAACUUGGUAAUGUGAACAAAUUUACGUUUGCCGUUUGCCAUAAACGCGAUUCUUAAUCUCUUUUAAUCUCUCUCCAACGUACGCUCUUGCAACAUAAUUAACAUAGCCUAUGUGGCCACAGGUAGCCCAAGCUGGAAAUAUGAGCAUUGGCGAACAUCGGCAUUGUUGCGUAAUAUUCGAAAUAUAAGUAUUUGUAUGGGAAAAAAACCUAUCGUUUCUGUAACCUACGAAAAUGAAAGGAUUUCAUUGUGUGUUACGUCUCUCCUGUGUGGUCCAAGGGCCGAUUUAUGGGUUUUUAUGUAAACGGUUUUUCUCUUAAUAGUCUUGAUAGAGAGAAAACCGUUAACAUAAAAAUCCAAACAACGGCCAUAAAUCGGCCCGUGGACCACACAGGAGAGACGUAACACAUCUCAAGUAAGGUAAGCUGCUUUUUAUUGAAAUCCUUUCAUUUUCGCAGGUUACAGAAACGAUAGGUUUUUUUCCCCAUACAAAUCCUUAUAUUUCGAACGUUACGCAACAAUGCCGAUGUUCGCCGAUGCUCAUAUUUCGAGCUUGGGCUGCCUGUGAUGUGGCAGGCGCAGAAAAAUGGAUGCCUUCUGUCCCCAAUCCCCGCUCCAUUUUCCCCUUCUUUCCCAAUCCCGCUUCUCUCAAAUCCAACCAGGCAUACUACACACAACACUGCCCACUCAUGUUUUUAUAAAUACAGCGAGCGUUUUUUUUCCUGGGGGGUCCAUUCCAUCUUCAACUCUAUUCUCCUUAGUUGUAAAUACCACUUUUGAAGGAAAAGAUACCGGUUCAGCUUUCAUUAUAAAAUGGUACACCGCUCUCACGGCUACUGCAUUCAUUUUCUUAGAUCAACCCCAAUGGAAUAACGUUUUAUUAAAAGACGCUUCGAAAGAACAUCAAAAUUCAACUCAAAACAAGGAUCAAAAUAUAUAUAGCAUGCGUGACAGACAUUCAAAAUGGAGGUGAAAGGCUUUUCCGGGCGUGUGAGAAGCGCGAGGGGUUCCUCUCUUCUCCUUCACUCGCGGCGGUCUUGGGCCCAAAUUCCCCUAUCCUACCCUUUCCAACGCUUGCCAGGAAGGCUAGAGGAACAUAAAAAUUCAACGUAAUGAUCGUCUGAAAAGGGUUUUGUUUCCAAGAGUUAUUUUUUUAAAAUAAAAAAACCUUGAUACACGGUUCGGUUCUAAAUAAGUCAAAAUGAAACAUCCACCCAUUUUCAUAUCCUAGAACAAACGAUUACAAGAACUGUAAUAAAAAGAUUUCGAUAAAAGAAGGUUGAAAUCUCGGAAUACCUUUUUUUUAUAAAUCUCGUCUGAAAGCCUCCGGAACAAACUCCGGGGAUAAGUUUUAAAAGCUGACAAAUCGCUUGUCCAUGGCGGCUUUAGCUAGUGUCGAGUACCGAUGCUCUGAUUUAUGUUGAUGUUAUCUCCAACAAACAGUCCAUUUUUUUCCAGUCAGAUCCGCACGCUGUCAUACUCAAUAAACUGGCCUUCCCUAGUCUCCACUGCUCGAUCUCCAAUCAUACUCUGAAGACUGAUCUCAUAAACCUUCGCACAAACACGAUUCAAAUAAAUAUCAGUCCAAAGUAUUUGUAAUCUGCGACCACAAAUCAGAUGAGACCAGAUCUGUGACGCACGAAAACAAAGCAUACCUGCUUUGAUUGAUGUUUCGAAUGCUAAGUAAUCAACACUACCCGCACCGCGCCAAUCAGAAGCUGCGUUCGUGGGCGAACGCAGUUUUUCAAAAUCGUGGGGUUUGCGGGCAAGCGGUUCCUUCGUUCCCCUCCCCCUCUCCCGUCAUUAAUUUUUUUUUGCUCUUGUCCCAGCUUUCUAGACGAACCUCGCCAGGAAACGCUUGCUACGCAGGCUAGAAAAGGGUAGUUUCGUUUGGUGGGCCACUUGUAUAGGCCAUCAUAGGGAGUAAUUCCCCUUCCCUUCCCCUCCCGCGAGGUGCUUGCCUACUAUCUUCCCGGGGGGGCACUCCCAUACAUUACCUAUACCGGUAUGUGCCGCCCAACAAGGUCGUGAUUUUGAGGCUCCUGGUUUAGAACGGGGUAUCCAUUUCAGAGGCGUUUUCUAGAACGGGGUAUAAUAUUUCGAACGCAUGAAAGCUCCAGUCUUGUAGGCAGCCAUUUGAAAUUAUUCAAGGAUAGAUUGCUUUUAAAAAUACGGUUCAAUGCGUUAACAAGCAAGCUGUUAUACUCUUGUUGCACCCUAGAACGGAGUAUAAAAAAUUGGCCCAUUUCUAGAAGGGGGUAUCAGUUUUAGGGAGAAUUCUAGAACGGGUAUCAGUUUUAGGGGAAUUUUUUUUUAGAACGGGGUGCCAAUUUGGAGUCCCGGGCGGCACAUACCCACCCACAAAAUACCCAAGUGCCCCCCCGCCCCGGACUAUCUUCUUCUCAGUUCUUAACUCAGCGGCUCAGAAAACUGACGAAUAAAGUGUUGUUGAUAGGAUGAAAUGGUGAGCUAGUGCUCUUUGCCGAAUUACUGUCUCAUAUCCGGCUUUUGGUUCUCGUUAACAGGAAAUCGACAAAGUGAAUUCCUUGACGCUUGGAAGAAUCAUCCGCUUAAACACUGGAUUCAAAAGCGCGCCAGAUGACGUGUUCUUCUCAACGCAUUACUGCGCAGCCGUGAAAGAUUUUCAGUGCAUAACCAAUAGCAAAAAUUUGACUGGUGACUGCGUGACCUUUCAACACAAACUAAGAACUCUUGAGCGAGAUUUAGCAACAUGUACGCAAGGCAGCAAGGCCAAUUCCCCACCCAAAGGCAACAAUAUUUCAAACAAUUCAAGUACUGUCACACUUUUAAUAUUUUUUUGCGUGGUACAUUUGUUAGCGGCCACCAUCUUUUUCGUCCUCUUUCUCAAGCUCUGGUUUAAAUUUCGACGACGUAAUCUUGAAGUUCCGUGCAAUGCUAAGAGUAAUGCGGCAUUUGAAAUGAAUAAUCGCAGCUACAGGAAAAAUAGCUCAGAACCUAACAAUUACUCUGUUAUUUCAUGAUAGAUUUUAAAGACUACAAGCUCUGAACGUUUGAAGUUGUUUAUCGACAAAUGCCGCAAUCUAGUGGCUAAUCUGGAUGAUUUCUUACUUAGUUUUACCGAUACAUUCAUACAUUGAAGAUGAUUGCGCCAGCUUAAAUUUGCUGUUAACUAAGAUAUGCAACCGGAAUACGUACGCUGUAUGACCACGUGGCCUCAAAAUCUUACCAAACGAUAUAUUCCGGCCUUGGAAUGAAUGAUUGAAAAUAUAAUUUAAGAAGAGAAGUGAAGGUAAAAUAAGGCUAUAUUUGCACUAUACCCGGGAUAGCUUUUCAGCUUUUCGUGCGCCACGAAAAGCUAUUCGGUAUAGAACGAACAGCAGCCAUAACGUCGGCGCGGUUGGCCGAGAGGGAUUGGUGCAUAAAAAUUCAGUCCUUACUCCUGCAAAUUUACUUCCGUCUCAGUGGGUUCCAGUCCUCGAUCCUACUUAUUUACUUCCGCGAAGGGUCGAUCAGGUGUUCACACUGCACCAAAGAACGGCAAAAAAAACUAUCCGAUAUGUGAUGCUCCACUUUCGAGAUCUGCGAGACGCAGCUUCGCUCGCCGUCACAGAAAUUGCGCUUCUACAACCGUUCUUGUAUGUGAACAGAAGCCCUGUCCAGUAUGAUUUUCAUGGCGGCUCAAAAGCUAUCCGGUAUUGUGUGAACAUGGCUUAAAAUUCCUUAAUAACCAGCUGUACAAUUCAAUAAAUGUAUUUUGUUCACCAUGCGCAGAGUUGUUUUUCAUUCAUUUGUUAAUAGUUAGCAUGAAGCC